UUGAGUGGAGAUGAAACAACCUCACUCCUCCCACAGAUGGCAAAAGGGUGCAGGAGUUGGAACCCUGUACCUUCCUUUCCUCUGAGCCCUGCCUCCUUCGGCAGGCUGGCGCUCGAUAGAACUCGGUUGUUUUACUGUUUGCUUUGGAGGGAACACAGCGGACGAUGAGGCUGACUUUCAACUCAAGAGAUCUGCUUACCUCAGUCUCCUGGAAUUAAAGGCCUGCACUACCUUGCCUGGACCUAAGAUUUUCAUGAUCACUAUGCUUCAAGAUCUCCAUGUCAAGACCUCCAUGUCAAGACCUAAGUCAGAAACAAGUCUUCCAUCCGCAAGAUCUGGAUCACAGGAGAAAAUAAUGAAUGUCAAGGGAAAAGUAAUACUGUCGAUGCUGAUUGUCUCAACCAUGGUCGUCGUGUUUUGGGAAUAUGUCAACAGCCCAGAAGGCUCUUUCUUGUGGAUCUAUCACACAAAAAUUCCAGAGGUUGGUGAGAGCAGACGGCAGAAGGACUGGUGGUUCUCGAGCUGGUUUAAGAAUGGGACCCACAGUUAUCAAGAAGAGGACAUAGAAAGACGGAGAGUAAAGGGGAAAAAUGGAGACAGCAUUGAAGAGCCUCAGCUAUGGGACUGGUUCAAUCCAAAGAACCGCCCGGAGGUUUUGACUGUGACCCCAUGGAAGGCACCAAUUGUCUGGGAAGGCACUUUCAACUCAGCUCUGCUGGAAGAGUACUAUGCCAGACAGAAAGUCACUGUGGGGCUGACGGUUUUUGCUGUGGGAAAGUACAUUGAGCAUUACUUAGAGGACUUUCUGGAGUCUGCUGACAGGUACUUCAUGGUUGGCCACAAGGUCAUAUUUUAUGUCAUGAUGGACGACACAUCCAGAAUGCCUGCUGUCCAUCUGAGUCCUCUGCAUUCCUUACAAGUAUUUGAGAUCAAGUCUGAGAAGAGAUGGCAGGACAUUAGCAUGAUGCGCAUGAAGACCAUCGGAGAGCACAUUCUGGACCAUAUACAGCAUGAGGUCGACUUUCUCUUCUGCAUGGACGUGGAUCAAGUCUUUCAAGACAACUUUGGUGUGGAAACUCUGGGCCAGUUGGUAGCUCAGCUCCAGGCCUGGUGGUACAAGGCCAGUCCUGAUGAAUUUACCUAUGAGAGGCGGGAACUGUCAGCAGCCUACAUCCCAUUUGGGGAGGGAGAUUUUUACUACCAUGCAGCCAUUUUUGGAGGAACACCCAUUCAUAUUCUCAACCUCACCAGGGAGUGCUUUAAGGGGAUCCUCCAGGACAAGAAACAUGACAUAGAAGCUGAGUGGCAUGAUGAGAGCCACCUCAACAAAUACUUCCUUUUCAACAAACCCACUAAAAUCCUAUCUCCAGAGUAUUGCUGGGACUAUCAGAUAGGCCUGCCUUCAGAUAUUAAAAAUGUCAAAAUAGCUUGGCAGACAAAAGAGUAUAAUUUGGUUAGAAAUAAUGUCUGACUUCAAAUUGUGCUGGAAACUUGACACUAUUAUUCUGGCUAAUUCCUCAAAAAAGUAGUAACACUCAAUUUCAACUUUAAAAACACAAAACAAAAACAAAACCUACCACCAUGGCAAACACAUAUGAUUUCUUCUUAGACCUUGAGCCUGUAAUAUGUGAGAAAGAGACUAUGUCAAGUAAUCAGGUAUAAGUUCUCGGUGAUUUCUUAUAUAUUCUGGGGCUUGGGGAAAUUCUAUAUGAGCAGAAAUCAAAAUUCAUUUGCCAAAGGAAAAGAAGAGUCCGGAACCUUCUGCCCAGUGUGUCAGAUAACUCACUGUAAACCUGGGUGCUGACAGAAGCGUUUGGGAACAGGAUGGACUGGGUCGGAGUUGGGGGGCUCUGUCCCCUUGCUUUCAUUGUCUUCCUCCUCAUGGAGACUCUAAAGCAACACAGAGAGGCUUUGCAGCCAGAGAACUUUAAUAAGGAUACCAAUGUAAUUGUCAGUCUGUAAAAGCUGAUGGCUUCCAGGAGCUGCUAGCAUAAAGAAGGCAGAGAGUGUCACUAGGUAACUUGGUGGCACGUGUUCAGAGUCCAGGAAAUAUGGCAGGGUGACUACUUAGAGGCUGUGCUCUGGUGGAGGGACAUAGGACCUGGGGUUGGUGCAUGAACUGAGUUACAAGCACAGAUAGCUUUCUUAACAAUGACUAACAGCAGGAAUCAAAUGGAAAGUGCAUUUUGUUUUGCACAAAUUGUAUUCACAUUGUUAGCCUUGUAUGUUGAACCCUGUGAAGAAGCGAGUGGGUGUAUCAGGGAAGGAGAGUACCUCAGUGGACUGAGUAUAAGGACCCAACUUAUAUCAGAAGACAAUCUGUCAUCAUCUGAUCCUACCACCUGCUCUGAACCUCAGAGUUCCUCAGCCCAUCUUGUUCCAGUGUGGAAGACUGACAUGGAGCGGGUGACUGAAGAUAAAGCCCUCUGUCACAUGACCUCAUUUCCCCUGCUCUGUCUGUACUGUGCAAGUGUGACAGCCAGACAGAUGUACUGGACAACACGUGUAACUGACUUUAUGGCAAUGGGAGACACAGUCACUAUGACAGAGCUGCUGAGGUGAGGGUUCAGUUCCCAAGAACAGUAGGAGCCUCUAUAUUGAGGGUUCUCAACAUGUGGGUCACGACCCCCAUGGGAGGGUGUGAAAUGACCCUUUCACAGGAGUCGUCUAAGACCACUGAAAGACACAUUUACAUUAUGAUUUGUAACAGUACAAAAUUACAAUUAUUAAGUAGCAAUGAAAAUAAUGGUCGGGGGUCACCCAUAUCCUGAGGAACUGCAUUAGAUCCCAGCAUUAGGGAAGUUAAGCAAAUCAGUGUACAGGGGCUGUUGAUCUGUAUUUCUGUGUCUGCACAUAGUUAUAUUUUGCUUGUCUUCCAGUUUAGGUCCUCUGUUUCUAUCUUUCAGCAGUUUAUUUAAAAAGCCAUUGUACCAUCCUGAUGAACAGCGUGAGAGGUUUCAAUAAAAAGGAUCUUACCUUUGUCUACAUGA